UACUCACACCGGUUUCCAUUUCUCACUCUUUGUUGUCUCAAUGAGAUGAAAGCAGGGCUUUGUUGAAGACCUGCUGCGAUCUCACCAGUCAGAUUCUAUAAUAAACCCUGAUUCUUUACGUAAUUAGGGUUUUAUUAUUUGAGAUCAAAUCUAAUCAUCCUCUUCAUAAUCUGUAACUUCGGAAUUCUAAUCUAUUGAUCCAGUUUAUCAGGUUUUGUAUGAUGGAGUCAGCUUGGUGAUUAUAGAAUCACAACAAUGACAUCCAUUGCCAUGGAGAGUGAUGGAGUGGCAGAGGUUCAUGGGGAAGCUGUAAAGGAGGAGAACCAUAAUCUUGAUGGAGUGGCAGAGGUUCACGGGGAUGCUGUAAAGGAGGAGAACCAUACUCUCGACGAGAACAACACUGGGGAAGAGUAUCUUGCUAAGGAAAAUGGAGUUCAUGAUCAUGUGUUGCCCCAAUCUGCUUCACAUGAGCAAUUAAUACAAAUGGUAGUUGAAUUAAAUUUUCAGAAUGAGUAUUUAAAAGCUCAAUUUGAAGGUCUUAAGAAUCUGUACUCUGAAUCUGGUGGAGAUUCCAAGCAAACUAAACAACUUGGCCAUGAAGAGAAUUCCUCGGAAGAUGUUAAUGAGUUGCAUGAAAAGAUUGAAUCGCUGAAUAGAGAGCUUUUGGAGCAUAAACAAACACAAAGUGCCGCUGAGGGCGCUCUGAAGCAUCUGCAGGCUUCAUAUUCUGAGGCAGAUGCAAAAGCUCAGGAGCUUGCCACCAAACUUGCUGAAGCUCAACAAAAUAUGGAGCACAAACUUAAAGAACGUGAUGAUAAGUACAAUGAGCUUGAUUCAAAGUUUGGAAGGCUUCAUAAAAGAGCAAAGCAGCGUAUUCAAGAUAUACAAAAGGAAAAGGAUGAUCUGGAAGCCCGUUUCCGUGAGGCAACUGAGACGGCUGGACGAGCAUCAGCUCAACAGUCAUCGUUGCAGCAGGAAUUGGAACGUACACGACAACAAGCAAAUGAAGCGCGGAAGGCGCUGGAUGUGGAGAGACAGCAAUUAAGAACUGCAAACAAUAAACUUCGAGAUAGCAUUGAGGAAAUUCGUCGAUCAAUGGAAGCCAAGGAUAAGGCUUUUGAAGCGUUGCAGCACAGUCUUUUCGAGAAAGAGCAGAUGUUAGAAGAAAUUCGAGGGUCCCAACAAGCUAUGGAAGAGAAAAGGCAAGCUUCUAUAGUUGAGCUUUCUGCUAAAAACCAGAAGCAAAUUGAAAGCUUGGAAGCACAACUGGCAGAUGCAUUGGCUGAUAGAUCCAAAGCAGCUGAAACUAUUUCUUCUCUACAGGUUUUAGUUGCUUCUCAAGAGUCGGAGAUUGCAGAGAUGGAUGCAGCUUCAAAGGGGGAGGCAGUAAGACUGAAAGCUGCAGCUGAAAGAGCGAAAGGGGAGCUUGUUCAGUUGAUAGAGGAGCAUGAUAAGGAAAGGGAAGCAUGGGAAUCUGCAUCUUUGGCACUCAAAGCUAAGCUGGAGGUUGCUGAAAGUACCUGUUUACGCUCCGAGAUUGAAGCUGCAAAAAUGAGAAGUCAACUUGAGUUAGAACUAUCCAUGAGAAACCAGCUACUCAAUACAAGAGAUGCUGAACUAAUGGCUGCUAAACAAGAGAUAACUCGCCUAGAAAGUGAGUUUUCUUCUUAUAAGGUCCGUGCUCAUGCACUUCUUCAGAAAAAAGAUGCAGAACUGUCUGCAGCUAAGGACACUGAACUACUCAAGGCUCAAGAGGAAGCUGUUAAGGAAGCCGAAAGAGAAGUGGCACUGGCAAAUGCCGAGAGGGAAAAAGCUCUUCAAGAUCUUCAGGACGCGUUGGAUAACCAUGAUAAGGAACUUGCAGAAAGAGAUGCAGCUCUUAACAGUGCAGAGCAGCGGAUUAGGAGCAUGGAACUAAAGCUCGAGUCUGCUACUGGUCUUUUCCAAUCGGAAAAAGUGGCAUGGCAGAGAGACCUUGAGGAUGUUGAAGAAACCUGGCGAUUGAGGUGCAAGGCAUUAGAAACUCAAAACGAGGUAAUCAGGCCAGAUCUGCAAAAAGAGUUUGAAGAGUUCAAGUUACAAUAUAGAAAAUUGAAGGAAGAACAUGAUUCUUUCCGUGACAUUGCUGACAGAAUGAUCGAAGAAAAGGACAAGGAAAUUUCAAGACUUUUAGAUCAAAAUAAGAAUCUUAAUCAAUCUUUGCUGAUGAGAUCGGUUGAGCAAAACGAACACCAGAACAGAGCUUUUCAAAGGCAUGAUGCCCCAAUUUCAAGCGCAAAUGCAGCAGAGCAGCAGAUUCUGAUUUUGGCUAGGCAACAAGCCCAGAGAGAAGAAGAACUCGCUCAGUCGCAACGACACAUCUUAGCACUUCAAGAAGAAAUCGAGGAGCUGGAACGUGAGAAUCGUCUUCAUAGCCAACAAGAAGCACUGUUGAAGACUGAGCUUCGGGAUAUGGAACGAAUGCAGAAGCGGGAAGGAGUGGAUAUGACAUAUUUAAAGAACGUAGUCUUAAAACUUCUUGAAACAGGUGAAGUGGAAGCUCUUCUUCCUGUUAUAGGAAUGCUACUACAGUUCAGUCCUCAAGAGAUCCAGAAGUGUCAGCUAGCUUACCAAUCUUCAGCUGAUGUACCACCAACCCCUGGAACUGAUGGUGCUUCAACACCCAGCCGUUCCCUUUUCUCAAGAUUCACAUUUACAUAACUGUUGGUGUCAAGACCAUCGGAAUCCUGAAGCCUGCAGAUUUACAGGAUGGGGCUGAGAUGUAGUGGUAAAACCCAGAGUAAGAUCAUUGAGGCAAUCCUAGUUAGACCUGCCAGCUCUGCAAAUUUAUAGGUGCUGAUUAUUUUUUUUUAGUUAUCACGUUCUUCCUAUUUUUUGUAACUCUUUGAGAUGUAUUUUAUUGAAAUGAGUAUAACUAGAUACUGUAAAGAACCAAAUAUACUAAACAAAAUAGAUGUGGUGUAAUUGAGGCGAAAAUGAAAUGAGAAAAGGUUAUAAGAAAAGAGCAACAACAUUAAGUUUGUCA